AUGCCCUGCACCAUUAACCCAACCUCGCAGCAGUUCAACAGAUAUAAAUUCAUUGAAUUAUCAGACAAAUUAUUACCCUUGAUAUAUGAUGUAUCUUCUCACCAAAAACAGAUUGGACUUGAAGCAUUACAGGAGUGUUGUUGGACCUGGAAUCUGAAUAAAGUUUCACAUUUUUGGCAACAGCAAUACAAUCAACCAAAAACAGUAUCAAAUUGCCUUUCAUUACUGCAUUAUAAUAUUCGUCAUUUCUAUUCUAAUCAAGUUGAUCUUAUUGAAAUGGUCAAUACCUUUUCUCCAACAAUUAUCUCUCUCAACGAACUUGGCACACCAGUUCUGGACAAAACAAUUAAACAACUUCUGUUUUCUUACAACUUUUAUACAAAAGAAGGCACAAAUCCACAUGGUGGUGUUGUACUUGCUGUGGACAAAAGAUUACAAAGUCAUCUAAUAGAAACUGCUCUUAAGCUUCGGGUAGCGGUAUGGCAAGAAGUCAGUCGUACACGACCAUCCAUCUCAUCAUCACUGCGAAUUCUUCUUCGUCAUAAACACUAUUUACAAAAUAGAUAUAGGCACACAACAUAUGAAGAAGAUCGACUAAGGUUAAGGUCAUGGAAUACACUGGUUAGACUCGAAUUUCAAGCACAUAGACAACGAAGUUGGGAGCAAUUUAUAUCAAGUGUUGCUUCACCAAAUCCAACAAAUUUCUGGCGUACUGUGAAAAAACUGGACAAGAAGAAAUCAAUCGAAUUUUCAGCCCUAACAGAUAAUAAUACAGUACAUCGAUCGCCAGAAGAUGUAGUCAAGCGCUUAGAACAACAUUUUACUCAACGUUAUUCAAAACCUGUAUUGAAUAUGAUGAACAAACUCGAUAAGGAAGCAACUGAAAUAUGGGAAUCAUACCGUUUAGCUGACGAAGAAGAUAUGAAAUUAGUAUCUGGUUAUUCUAAUCUUCAAUUUACGGAACGAGAUAUAAAAAAUACAAUUCAAUCCUUAAAGUGUAAAAAUUCGUCUGUUUUUGAUCAGGUGUCUAAUAAAAUGAUCAAAUUGCUGCCUGCCAAGAUCCAUGCCACCCUCACACUUGCUUAUAAUAAACUCUUUGAAGCAGCUCAUUGGGGAAAAGAAUGGAAGAUGGCUCGAACUAAGUGUCUUAAUAAGUGUGACAAUCCAGCACCAAGGACAAAUCAACUGCGGCCAAUUUCGAUGCUGCCAACUUUUAGUAAAAUGUACGAAAAAUUAUUCUUACUCAGAUUUAACAGUUGGUCACAGAGAAUGAAUAUUCUACCAGCUCAACAAUCAGGUGCAAGAACGCACCAAGCCACAACAUCUCGAGUCAACCACCUAUUAGAACAAAUAACCCAGUCUAUUCGCUACAAUACGUUUGCGCCAGUCAUCUAUAUUGAUUUUCUACAAGCCUUUGACAUGCUUUGGCAAAAAUGACUUCUUCUUAAGCUAAAUAGACUCAAUUGUCCAUCAGCAUAUAUGCCUUGGAUUGCUAAAUAUUUUACCAAUCGUACCCUCAAAUUGACUAUGGUGGCGUCAAGUCAGUACCGAUCAAUGUUGAACGUGGAGCCCCCCAGGGCAGUUGCAUGGGUCCCGUAUUGUAUAUAAUCAAUCAUCACGAUCUACCUCAAUGUUUCGAAGAACCAACUUAUGUCCACGCAUAUGUGAAUGAUAUUGCUAUUGCGUAUACCCCAUCAAUGCAUUUAAGCUUCAAAUUCCAAAUUGUUGAUAUCGAGAAACAUAUUAACAAAGACAUGUUAAAUCGGCUGAAGUAUGCCAAGGACUGGCAUCAGCCUCUUAAUCCGAACAAAACAGAAUUAGUCGUUUAUCAUAAAACAAUUCGAUGUCCAAAACUGGAUAUUUACUAUGAUGGUGUAAAAAUCGUGCAAGAAAAAAACUUCAAGUACCUUGGCUUUCACCUCGAUGCAAAGCUAUCAUUUCGAUGCAUGAUCGACACUCAAGUUUUUAAACUAAGAAAAGCAUAUGUGAUAUUAAAAUUCAUUCGCCGCCAAUUUCCAUCAUUUUUUGAAUUAAAAAUUAAAUUCUUCAACACUUACGUCUGACCUCACUUGUACAUGAUAGCAACAAUAUAUUGCUUAUUCUCAAUGACCUCGCGCGAUAGGGUUGCGGGUUUUUAUCGAAGAUGCCUAAGAUUGAUCUACUGCUUAUUUCAGUGCUCAACGGAAGAUCUACACCACCACUUUCAACUACCAACAAUCGAGCAAAGAGACAAAAAGUAACUUUUAAAGUGCAUGAAAAGUGUGGGUGUGGGUGUGGGUGUGGGUGUGGGUAUGGGUGUGGGUGUGGGUGUGGGUGGGUGUGGGUGUGGGUGUGGGUGUGGGUGUGGGUGUGGGUGUGGGUGUGGGGGGGUGUAGUGGGAGGUGUCAGUAUGACUGGAGGGAGAGCGCGCAUACUCGCACCGCGACCACGGCGGAACCGCCGC